AUGGCCGCGACGUGGCAAAUUUUUGUUGCGUUGUGUUGCGUGCUCCGCUGUUUUUCCUGCGAUGCAGCCGAACCUAAGAAGGGUCUGAAUAUUGACGUAAGCUUCGGUGGUGAUGUGCCUCUGGGUCAGAUUACUGGAGACGAUUCCUCGGGCGCGCUCCUGGAGGUGACUCGCCCCGUUCCGUACAUUGAAAUCCGGCCAAACGAACUGGAGAGCGUGAACCGUCUCGCCGAAAUCGCUUUGGAGACAGAGGCCAUCAGCCCAGUGGUGCACAAGGAAUACUACCAGGUGCUUGAGCAGCUGGAGGAACUCAGCCCCGAGGAGAUGCUCUCCGAGCUGAUAGCGCAGACCAACACAUUGGAGGCGUUGAAAGCUGAGCUCGGCGCCGAGGAGUCGGUUGCAGCGUGA